CGUAUAAUUUUCUCUUGGCUUCAGGUUAUCAAAGACUUCAAAUCGAUUCAUUCGAAGAUUACCCUGGAAGACUUGAAAGAUUACAAAGCCGUUGAAGUGAAACCAUUGGAAGCCUCCCUCCCUGGGGUAAAGGGAUACAAAAUUCUGACCACCCCACCCCCUGCAGGUGGUGCAGCCUUGAUAAACAUCUUAAACAUUCUAAAUGGGUUUAAUUUCAGUGCAGAUGACAUGAGGGAGCGACCUAUUCUAACGUAUCACCGCAUGAUUGAAGCAUUCAACUUUGUAGCUGCUAAAGAGACGUACCUCGCGGAUCCCAGGUUCAGUGAUAAGACUGAUGAGGUAGGAAAUACCUUCUUACUUUCAUGUGGUACUGUUUAUAACGCUGUUGUGACACGCCCAAAGAAGGUAACAGAAAUUUUCGCAGCAUACGUAAAAUUUCCACCUAAAGAAACUCGGUUUACUUUAUUUUCUAGCUUCGGAUCUAAAAUGCUCAGCACGGAGCUUGGAAUAAUCUACAACGAUCAACUAUGGGAUGCAGUGAACUUGUGGGUAAAUGAAUUCAAUCUUGAAACGGACUCACUCAAGCCUCGUAAACGCCCCAUGUCUCUUGCUUCACCAUCCAUCAUCACAGAUGGUGAUGGCAACGUUAGAAUGGUUAUCGGAGCUGCUGGAGGGAAAUAUAUCGCAACUGCUUUAUCACAGGUAUUGAUGAAUUAUUUCUGGUUUGGAGACAAUCUGAAGGACGCUGUAUCUAAGCCUCGUCUUCAUAGUCAGUUGUUUCCAAAUAUGGUAUUAGUUGAACCCAACUUUCCAAAGAAGUACAUCAAAGCAUUAAAGGGAUAUGGACACAAGAAAAUCACGGAUGAUACCACCUUAUUUACAGGUGAAUAAAGUCUUGUUUCUAUUUUUCAACUUCUUUUAUUAUUUAUUUUUUCUUCUACAAGGAAUAACUUUAAUCAAAAUGCAAGACUCUAUGACUAAGGACCCGUACGCACUACGCGGGAGAAAUUUGAAAUCGCAGCUUUAUUUCUACGAUUAGGCCUACCGUCCACACUA